UCCAAAGUCAUCAAACCCCUCCAACUUUCUCAUUCUCGGCCAGAGACCACUGAAAAUGGAUCUUAUGAGGGCUGCGGCUCCCUUCCUAUGGUUUUCCUUCUGCUUUGGGAAUUUUCUUGAAGCAGCGGUGCUUGGAUCAUUGCAGUACCCCUCCGGCGCGGGUGAUAACGGGCUAGCUUCACAUCUGGAUGAGCGGAAUCGAAGAGAAUCGAAUGCGAUCUCCAGAAACUACCCUCUGAGGAAUGGUACUGUUGUCCCUCACGAGUAUAUGAUAUCUCUGUAUAGGACCCUCUCUGAGAUCGAGAGGAGAGGCUCGAAUACUAGUCUUUCGCGUUCCACGAGACAUGCCAACACGGUGACCAGCUUCGUGGACCAAGGAAAAGACGACCCCUCCGGGGAGCCCGGUCAGCGGUACCUCUUCGACCUCUCCAGCCUCUCCAAGACAGACGAGCUGGUGGGGGCGGAGCUUCGAGUCCUGAGGAAGCAGCCUCCGAACCUGCCACUGGCGCUGUCCCAGGGUGGGAACCUGUACCGCGUUCUCCUCUACACCUGCUCCGAGGGCAGCUUCAGCAGGCGUCUCUUGGACUCCAGGACCGUGGACAUCCUGGAUAUGGAGGUGGCCAAGUGGGAGGUGUUUGACGUGUGGGCCAGUGUGAAGAGCCAGCGUCGGGGCCACAGGACAGCUAGCCCGCUGUGCUUCCACUUGGUGGUCGUCUCUGAGCAGACCAAGGAGGCGGCCCAGCCCUCCGCGCUGGGCCUGGGCCGCUGGUCACGUCAGCCCCAGGAGAGGGCCCUCCUUGUGGCCUUCUCCCGCACCCGCAGGAAGGAGAACCUCUUCAGGGAGAUCCGGGACAAGAUGAAGGCCAUGGGGGGGAUGGGGUUCCUGGACCCCCCAGACCCCGGCCAGGAAGGUCACCCCCCGAGGCGGCGGCGACGCAGGAGGACUGCUCUCUCCGGCCGCCCCGGUGGAGCAGGAGGAGGUGGGGGAGGAGGCGGGGGAGGAGGAGGAGGAGGGACUGGAGGAGGAGGAGGCGGGGGCAGGGGGGGCGGGCGGAGGAAAACCCGCUGCAGCCGGAAGGCGCUUCACGUUAACUUCAAAGAGCUGGGCUGGGACGACUGGAUUAUAGCUCCCUUGGAUUACGAGGCGUACCACUGCGAGGGCAUGUGCGACUUCCCCCUGCGCUCGCACCUGGAGCCCACCAACCACGCCAUCAUCCAGACACUCAUGAACUCCAUGGACCCGGAGUCCACCCCGCCCAGCUGCUGCGUGCCCUCCAAGCUCAGCCCCAUCAGCAUCCUCUACAUCGACUCAGGCAACAACGUGGUGUACAAGCAGUACGAGGACAUGGUGGUGGAGAACUGCGGGUGCAGGUAGCACCGCGGGGCGUGCGGCCCUCGUGUACUCGAACAGAAAACGGCGUUUCCCGUCAGUUCCCUGGCACGCUGUGUGGUGCCGCGAGACCGGGCGCCGUGCGCGCGUGUGUGCAACUCUGCGGACAA